AAGCUUCAUCGCCUUCUCUCUCUCUGCGUGAUCUUCUUCAUAAAAAAAAAGAAAAUCGUAAUGCUUCCUCUAUUUCUCUCCCCCCCCCACACUCAUUACGUAAUUUCUUCGCACGAUCCAUCAUUUGUUUUGAGGACAUUAUGAUUCCGUGUGUGUGUGUGUGUUUUUGAAUUUGAUUUAAAGAUCUGAUGAGAGAGAUUUGGUAGAGAGAGAGAGAAGUUAGAGGAAGGUUUUAGUAAACAUACAAUGUCAAGUAAAGGAGAACAUCAUCAUCAUACAGUUCCACUUUCAGUUUUGCUAAAGCGUGAAUCAUCAGCAAAUGAAAAGAUAGACAGCCCUGAACUUGUGCACGCCCUGUUUAACCAGAGCAAGAAAGGGGAGGACUUUACCUUUGUUAAAACAGAGUGUCAAAGGGUCAUGGCCGAUGGUGGCGUUACUACCUUCUCUGUUUUUGGGCUUUUUGAUGGACACAAUGGCUCUGCAGCAGCUAUCUACGCUAAGGAAAACCUUCUGAACAAUGUAUUAGCUGCCAUACCCACUGAUCUCAACAGAGAUGACUGGGUUGCCGCACUUCCUAGGGCUAUGGUUGCCGGAUUUGUCAAAACCGAUAAAGAUUUCCAGGAAAUAGCAAGGAAGUCUGGAACGACUGUAACCUUUGUCAUAGUAGAAGGAUGGGUGGUGAGUGUUGCAUCUGUAGGUGACUCUCGUUGCAUACUUGAGCCUGCUGAGGGUGGUGUCUAUUAUUUAUCUGCUGAUCAUCGGCUUGAAAUAAACGAAGAAGAGCGAGACCGCGUUAAAGCAAGUGGUGGUGAAGUUGGUCGGCUAAAUACUGGUGGUGGUACUGAGAUUGGUCCUCUGAGAUGUUGGCCUGGUGGUCUCUGUCUCUCAAGAUCCAUUGGAGAUCUGAAUGUUGGCCAAUACAUUGUUCCAGUUCCUUAUGUGAAGCAAGUCAAGUUAUCUUCAGCUGGUGGUCGACUUAUCAUCUCAAGUGAUGGUGUGUGGGAUGCAAUUAGUGCAGAAGAGGCUCUUGAUUGUUGCCGGGGUUUGCCACCCGAACUUUCCGCCGAGCAUAUUGUUAAAGAAGCUGUGGGGAAAAAAGGUAUUCGCGACGAUACAACGUGUAUUGUGGUUGAUAUAUUACCAUCAGAAAAACCAGCUGCAUCUGUGCCGCCGCCGAAAAAGCAAGGGAAAAGAAUGUUAAAGUCAAUGUUCAAAAGAAAAAGUUCAGACUCUUCUUCUAAUAUAGAGAAAGAGUAUGCAGAACCUGAUUUACUUGAAGAACUGUUUGAAGAGGGAUCAGCUAUGCUUUCAGAGAGAUUAUAUACAAAGUACCCGCUUUGCAAUAUGUUCAAGUUGUUCAUGUGUGCUGUGUGUCAAGUUGAAGUGAAACCAGGAGAAGGUGUCUCGAUUCAUGCUGGAACGGCUAAUUGUGGAAAGCUUCGUCCAUGGGAUGGUCCAUUCCUUUGUGCAAGUUGCCAAGAGAAGAAAGACGCAAUGGAAGGGAAACGAGAUAGACAUAGUAGUGACUAGUGAGAGCUACUAGCCAGCCAUCCAGCAAUUUAUUUGAUCAAGCGACUAACAAAAACAGUGUUGUGAGUAAUAUGGAGUGGUUCUAGGAUCUUCACCAUUCUAUGGCGAACGCCAAAGCAUGUUUAUUUAUAUAUUUUUCUUUGAUAUGGCUCUCCCUUCACUGUGUCCAUAGCCCGAUAUUACUAAGGUAACUCGGAAGUUCUUUUAUUUUUUUUUUCUAUUCUUUUCAUCUGUGAUGAUGGUUUGAUGUUUCAAAAUGAGUAGAACUAACUGCUGGAGACGGUAGGUAAAGAAAAUAUGCGAGCCUUUUUUUUUUGGACAACAUGCGAGCCUUUGUGCAGUCCUUAUUUCAUGUAUCAUUUUCACACUCA